ACUUACCGCCGAUCAGCUCAGCGAGGACUGGGUUUCUUGAUGACGAAAACACUGCCCGCCAUUUCCGGAAACACCCGAGAGUUGCCGACAGCAGCUCGUCGCAAGAGGUAGGAGCACAGAGUAUUUUUCAGAUCUCAAGUCCUGCACCACGUGAGUCGGCUACACGCCUUACAAGGUGCACCGAGACUGAAGUCCUCAUGGCAGACAUCGAGAACAUCCCAGCGAAUAUCAGCAUGACAUCUGAUGGUCUGGAACUGUUCGUAGAGAAUGCAGAAGAUAGAUGUCAAAUAAUUAAAGAUCUUCGUAAUAUCAGAUGCUGCCCGCGGUGCAUUAUGAGAUUCCUAGGCGCACGUCAACCAUUUGUUUACAGAUGUUCGCCGUGGGAACUCGUUGAGCGACAUUUACAGGUGGAUCUCGACAAAGAUGUUGAGCAAAACUCAGACGAUAAAAUUUGCCCGGGUUGCUUGGGAAUACUUGAAAAUUUUGCGAGCAAAGAGUUUUACGAAAAGGUCCACCUUAAGGUGAUAAGAGAAGAUUUCGAAUGUUCCGAUUUUCAGUUCUCAGUGAUGAUACCGGUAAAUGUCAUUCUCAGACAGCAUGCUCUGUACGUGUUUCUGUUUAACAAGUAUGAAGCAAUGUAUUCUGGAAAGGAAGAAAAGAUUCCGUCAGUUAAGGAUGUAUGGAAGUGGUGUGUCGGUCCUUACUUCAGCCAGCUCUUGGGCGUACCAUUUCAAUCAAGGAGUCCCUUUGAUAUCCUGCUGAACUUUGUUCACGGCUCUUCCGACCGAGAGUGCUCUUUUCUUUUGAACGUUUUUCCAAACACAUUUUGCAAGAGAAAAAACAGAAAGUUUUUUGGCGAGACGUUUACUAGAGCUAAUGUUGCAAAAGCUGUGAGUGACAUGAACUAUUCACAAUUUUCUGAACACUUUCUCUGUCCACCAUUAACUGUGAAUGAACCAUGCACUUGUGACAUCACAGUUACAUACGAUGCUGUAUUUGUGGCUGGCCGAUACAAAAAAUACAGUCGGCAUCUGAGCCAGACACCUUGGACAGUUGAUGGGGAAACAAAGUUAGAAGGUUCAGUGCAAGAACUUCUCAGCCAGAUUGUACUUCAGAAAUUUAAACCUUCUGAUCACAAGUUCUCAGCAUCUGGGAGGGAAGAUGUUGAUGUCCGUAUGCUGGGGCUUGGUCGACCUUUCGUUAUUGAGCUUAUUAACCCUCAUCGGGUCAAGUUUACUCAAGAAGAUAUGACAGAAAUACAGAAAAGUACAAAUGUUCUGACUAAAGAUAUAGCUAUUAGAGAUUUGCAGAUAGUCACAAGAAGUGAUGUUGGAAAUCUGAAAGAAGGAGAAAUUGAUAAGUCAAAGUCUUAUACUGCUGUAUGCUGGUGCAAAAGGCAUCUUUCAGAGGAAGAUCUAGAAAUGAUUUCCAGCACAAAGGACUUGAUUCUUCAACAAAAGACACCAAUAAGGGUUCUGCACAGGCGGACAUUGUCGACACGUGAGAGAGUUGUUUAUAGCAUGAGUGCUGAGGUUCUUGGAGAACAUCUUUUCAGGUUGCAUCUCAGCACUCAGGCUGGUACCUACGUAAAGGAAUUUGUCCAUGGAGACUUUGGACGUACACAUCCCAGUAUGCGAACUCUUCUCAAAGCAGACUGUGACAUUUUAGCACUUGAUGUGGACGCUGUGGAGAUUGACUGGCCGCCUGCAGUUGACCCUGUGCAAGAGGUGGAAACCACAGAAAGUUGAAGUGAUCAUGUACUUAGUGCUUUUUAAAAAGAAUUAUUGUUCUAUAAUAUUUGUAGAUUUAUGUCAUUAUAAUAGAAUGGUAUUGUAGAUAGUUGAUAUGUUGAUUGUGAGAUGCUACAUCAGCUGUGGGGAGCAAAUUUGUGUUAAAGGUCAAGGAUCUUUGAGGGGGUAGAAUGUAUGUGUGGCACUUAGAUGUGCUUCAUUCCGACAUGAAGCUGUCAUAUUUUCCGUAAUGAUUAAAGGUUCAUUUUUUAUUGCUUUAUUUUUUUUAAAACUAUCCCACCUCAGGUCGAGCGGUCCGGUGGCGCAACGGUUAGCGCUGUUAGCGCCUGUCAACAAUACAGUGAAGGUUGGCUGCCCUGAGUUCAU